AUGGCUUAUACCUAUUACCAGCAAAGCGGCCAGCCUGGCUGGGGAACAAACCACUUUCAAUUUGGACCACCACCCACCCCAGCCUUUCAACCUCAGCCAUCUUGGGGAGGACACGACUUCUAUAGCGCCCAUGCCGCAACUGCUGAUCCCUACCUUUUCGAUCAUGCCUGGAACCGCGUUCGCGAGUACGGCGGUGCUCCUGCUGGAGGCAUCGGCGUUGGUUUGCACGAAGCUCGGCACUGGCACCGCCGGGCAUAUGGGAUGAACGAGAUCAGCUACAUGGAUGCACAUGAAAUAGGUCAUGCAGCUGCAUACGAAGCUUACAGAACUUGGAUCCAUAAUAGCUCCAUGUAUGAACCACUUAGCGGUGAUAUUGAACGACAGCGUGAAGCACUGACUGGGUUGGCCGUAGCGGAAGCGACGAGAUUAAUUCAAUUCUCUGGACGUGCGUUGGAUCAAUAUGCUCGCCUGGCUGCCACAGAGGCCGCUGCUCACACUGCAUCACGCGCGAUGGGGAAUAUCGUUCCAGAUCCCGUUAUCGAAGAGGAUCCAUCGAUGAGCCGUAUGCGUUCGAUGAUGACCUUUUAUACCCUCGCUCCAGGUCCCAUUCUCGACACAGAUCCCACUCUCGUCACCGCUCGUAUUCGCAGGCUGGUGUUUCUCGGUAUCCUCGGUUUAAUUGGAGGUGCUGGAGUGGCAGCAGUCGGAAUUAUCAACUUAAAGCGCGCAGAUGGAAGCAAGACUGCUGCAAUAAUUCAGAUCGUUAUAUACUUGCUCUUGUCCAUCCUCUCAAUCUUCGGUUUGAUCGGAGCUAUCUCGAGGAGACUUGGAUUCAUCCGAUCCUACUUCUCGAUGCUUGUCGGUCAUCUUAUCUUCAGCAUGGCCACCGGUAUUUUUGCCAUCCACCGUAAUUUCAAGGACGCACCCAAGUACAUUUCGGAUUGCGCUAGCGGCUCAGAGGAUCCGGACGUUCUGAAGACAUGCAAUGAUGGUGCUGCGCUGGUUAAAGGUGUCAUGAUCGGAGUGUUCAUUUUUGCUUGGUUGCUCGAGAUGUGGGCGUGUGUUAUUGUGCUCAAAUAUAACAGACAACUUGCUGAGGAAGAAGCGUUGAAGUCCGUGGUGAAGGACACUGAAUCUUGGUAG